GAGUCCCGGGGCCCGGACUGCUGGAGUGUCUGUUUGGAGCGAAGCGCGGGGCUCCGGCGCGAGCCGAGACCCCGCCGGCGCCUCCCGCUUCGGAAACCGACUUCCAGGAGCGGCUUUUUAAAACCGCCAGGCGCCAGGACAGGCACCCCCCGACUAUGUCUGCCGACUGCCCGCCUGGCCCUCUCUAGGAGCGGAAUUUCCCGUUCCCCAGAGACACUCCGCGCCUUCCUUGAGGGUGCCGUGGUGGUGAAUUUUUUCCUUUUUUUUCCUUUUUUGAAAAAAAAGUAUGUGCUGCUGUUGAAAAGCAAACCACAACAACAAAACCAAACAGCAGCUGCGGACUCGUCCCCGGCCGGAGCCCAGCGCCCCGCCCGGAGUGGAUGAGCCUCUCCAUGAGAGAUCCGGUCAUUCCUGGGACGAGCAUGGCCUACCACCCGUUCCUACCUCACCGGGCGCCGGACUUCGCCAUGAGCGCGGUGCUGGGUCACCAGCCGCCCUUUUUCCCCGCGCUGACGCUGCCUCCCAACGGCGCGGCGGCGCUCUCGCUGCCCGGCGCCCUGGCCAAGCCGAUCAUGGAUCAAUUGGUGGGAGCCGCCGAGACGGGCAUCCCCUUCUCGUCGCUGGGACCCCAGGCGCAUCUGAGGCCUCUGAAGACCAUGGAGCCCGAGGAAGAAGUCGAGGACGACCCCAAGGUGCACCUCGAGGCCAAAGAACUUUGGGAUCAGUUCCACAAACGGGGCACAGAGAUGGUCAUUACCAAGUCGGGAAGGCGAAUGUUCCCUCCAUUUAAAGUAAGAUGUUCUGGGCUUGAUAAAAAAGCCAAAUAUAUUUUGUUGAUGGACAUUAUAGCUGCUGAUGACUGUCGAUAUAAAUUUCACAAUUCUCGGUGGAUGGUGGCGGGUAAGGCUGAUCCUGAAAUGCCAAAGAGAAUGUACAUUCACCCGGACAGCCCUGCUACCGGGGAACAGUGGAUGUCCAAAGUUGUCACUUUCCACAAACUGAAACUCACCAACAACAUUUCGGACAAACACGGAUUUACUUUGGCCUUCCCAAGUGAUCACGCAACGUGGCAGGGGAAUUAUAGUUUUGGUACUCAGACCAUACUGAACUCCAUGCACAAAUACCAGCCCCGGUUCCACAUCGUGCGGGCCAAUGACAUCUUGAAACUUCCUUAUAGUACAUUUCGGACAUACUUGUUCCCCGAAACCGAAUUCAUCGCUGUGACGGCAUACCAAAAUGAUAAGAUAACUCAGUUAAAAAUAGACAACAACCCAUUUGCAAAAGGUUUCCGGGACACUGGAAAUGGCAGGAGAGAAAAGAGAAAGCAGCUCACCCUGCAGUCCAUGAGGGUGUUCGAUGACAGACAUAAAAAGGAGAAUGGCACCUCAGAUGAGUCCUCCAGCGAACAGGCCGCCUUCAACUGCUUCGCCCAGUCCUCGUCCCCAGCUGUCUCCACUGUGGGGACGUCCAACCUCAAAGAUCUGUGCCCCAGCGAGGGGGAGAGCGACGCGGAGGCCGACAGCAAGGAGGAGCCCGGCCCCGAGGCCUGCGAGGCGGCCAAGAUCUCCACCACCACGUCGGAGGACCCGAGCCGCGACAAGGGCAGCCCCGCGGCCAAGGCGCACCUCUUCGCGGCCGAGCCCGGCGGCCGGCCCCGGGACGGCGCGCGGCUGGACAAGGCGUCGCCCGACUCGCGCCACAGCCCGGCCACCAUCUCGUCCAGCACGCGCGGCCUGGGCGCCGACGAGCGCCGGAGCCCGGGCCGGGAGGGCGCCGCCGCGGCCAAGGCGGAGGAGGCGCGCGCGCUGCCGGCCAAGGAGGCCUUCGCGCCGCUCUCGGUGCAGACCGACGCGGCCGCCGCGCACCUGGGCCAGGGCCCCCUGCCGGGCCUCGGCUUCGCGCCCGGCCUGGCCGGCCAGCAGUUCUUCAACGGGCACCCGCUCUUCCUGCACCCCGGCCAGUUCGCCAUGGGGGGCGCCUUCUCCAGCAUGGCGGCGGGCAUGGGGCCCCUGCUGGCCACCGUGUCCGGGGCCUCCACCGGGGUCUCCGGCCUGGAUUCCACCGCCAUGGCCUCGGCCGCCGCGGCGCAGGGACUGUCGGGGGCGUCGGCGGCCACGCUGCCCUUCCACCUCCAGCAGCACGUCCUGGCCUCGCAGGGCCUGGCCAUGUCGCCCUUCGGGAGCCUGUUCCCGUACCCCUACACCUAUAUGGCCGCGGCGGCGGCCGCCUCGUCGGCCGCGGCGUCCAGCUCCGUGCAUCGCCACCCGUUCCUCAACCUGAACACCAUGCGCCCGCGGCUGCGCUACAGCCCCUACUCCAUCCCCGUGCCGGUCCCCGACAGCAGCAGCCUGCUCACCACCGCCCUGCCCGCCAUGGCCACGGCCGCCGGGCCCCUGGACGGCAAAGCCGCAGCCCUGGCCGCCAGCCCGGCCUCGGUGGCGGUGGACUCGGGCUCGGAACUCAACAGCCGCUCGUCCACGCUCUCCUCCAGCUCCGUGUCCUUGUCGCCCAAACUCUGCCCAGAGAAAGAGGCGGCCACCAGCGAACUGCAGAGCAUCCAGCGGCUGGUCAGCGGCCUGGAAGCCAAGCCGGACAGGUCCCGCAGCGCGUCCCCCUAAGCCCCUCCCCAGAAAAGUCUCUUCAUUCCAGCCCAGCCCAGUCUGCAGUGCACUUUGUCGGAUGUGAAAUGAACCACAGGCGCGCAGUCCUGUCUGGGGAGGGGCGCCGGACUCCCUCGAGAGAAUGUGCUAGAAAAAAGGCUCCUCUCCUUGGUGCGGUUUAUCUUUGGGGAAUCUGGCUCAGAUUCUGGGGGCUCAGAUGCUCCCCGGGGCAUGGAUUUCGUGGGGGUGGGAGUUAGGCGGUGGUGUCCAGAGCGCCUUCCAGCCAGACUGGCCUGGGAGCUGCGACCGAAGGAAAAAGUAGCCAGGCCCCUGGGGAGGGGAGGUGUUGAAGGCUUCUCCCCCAGUGCAGAUUUAUAUAUAUAUAUAUAUAUUUUUUUUUUUUUCCUUCACCGUGUCAAGUGGAAACAGAAACAAAAUUAAAAAAAAAAAUCCUGGGGACAAACGAAUACAAUGAACACGAUUCUGUGCGUGAAGAUUGAAAACUUUAUGGUGACUUGCCUAUCAGUUGGAAGGAAAUUACCAAGCAGCAUUGUUUGGGGGAGGGAAGCCGCUGCCAUCCUUGUUUAAUCUCUAUUAAGGAAAUCUGUGUCUUUUUAAUAUUCUUGUGAUGUUUUAAGAGCCGCUAUAGGUCUCUUCUUGCAUGUUCCACAGUAAUGUAUUUGUGGUUUUUAUUUUGAAUGCUUGCUUUUAGAGAGAAAAGAACAUGACCCCACCCCUUUCCCCAAUUCUCUACCCUCAAAUAGACCACCCCCAGCUGGGGGGAGGGGGAUUAAAAAAGGGAUGGGGAAAAACACCAAAAAAAUGAAUUUAUUUUAUCUGAGCUCUGUAGCAGAUUCACGUCGCCCUUUCUGGCAGUUCUUUCUCUUUCCUGUAUAUGCAAUAACAAGGUUUUAAAAAAAUAAUAAAGAAGAAGCGAGACUAUUAGACAAAGUAUUUAUGUAAUUAUUUGAUAACUCUUGUAAAUAGGUGGAAUAUGAAUGCUCAGAAAAUUAAACUUUAAUUUAUUGACAUUGUACAUAGCUCUAUGUAAAUAGGAUCGCAGCUUGUCGGGUUCUGCAUUUUUGUUUUCCUUUUAGUAGGUUUUAUUGCAAGGUCACAGGAUUGCUUUUAAAACUAGAAAACACAUUUAAUGCACCAACACCAACACACUCAAAUGAGUCGUCUGCAAAAAAAAAAAAACCUUUUCGUUUUCUUUUUUAAUGUCCAAGAGUGGGGGAAAGUGCCAUGGUAUCUAUGUUACCCAAAAUUGGGGGGGAGGUGAUGUCACCUCCCAGCUCAACGUUAAAUUCCUUAAAAUGUAACACCCUAGGAGUGGUUCUGUGAUUGCUU